UGGCGGGCUGCAGCCGCGGCACGGCGAGAGCAUGUCCAAGCCGGUGGACCACGUCAAGCGGCCCAUGAAUGCCUUCAUGGUGUGGUCGCGGGCUCAGCGGCGCAAGAUGGCCCAGGAGAACCCCAAGAUGCACAACUCGGAGAUCAGCAAGCGCCUGGGCGCCGAGUGGAAGCUGCUCACCGAGUCAGAGAAGCGGCCGUUCAUCGACGAGGCAAAGCGCCUGCGCGCCAUGCACAUGAAGGAGCACCCCGACUACAAGUACCGGCCGAGGCGCAAGCCCAAGACGCUGCUCAAAAAGGACAAGUUCGCCUUCCCGGUGCCCUACGGCCUGGGCGGCGUGGCCGACGCCGAGCACCCGGCGCUCAAGGCGGGCGCCGGGCUGCACGCGGGCGCGGGCGGUGGCCUGGUGCCCGAGUCGCUGCUCGCCAACCCCGAGAAGGCGGCCGCGGCCGCCGCCGCGGCUGCCGCGCGCGUCUUCUUCCCGCAGUCGGCCGCUGCCGCUGCCGCCGCCGCCGCCGCCGCCGCCGCCGGCAGCCCUUACUCUCUGCUCGACCUGGGCUCCAAGAUGGCAGAGAUCUCGUCGUCGUCGUCCGGCCUCCCGUACGCGUCGUCGCUGGGCUACCCGACCGCGGGUGCGGGCGCCUUCCACGGCGCGGCGGCCGCGGCUGCAGCGGCGGCCGCGGCCGCCGGGGGGCACACGCACUCGCACCCCAGCCCGGGCAACCCGGGCUACAUGAUCCCGUGCAACUGCAGCGCGUGGCCCAGCCCCGGGCUGCAGCCGCCGCUCGCCUACAUCCUGCUGCCGGGCAUGGGCAAGCCUCAGCUGGACCCCUACCCUGCGGCCUACGCCGCCGCGCUAUGACCCCGCGGGGCCGCCUCGCGAGGACCGGUGUGCACACGUGUACAUAUGUAUAGGUACGAGCUCUGAGGCCUCUCCGCGCGCCCUCCCGCGACGGGGGCCCAGGUUUGUAUGUACAUAAGAUGUAUAGGUGCCAGGCGGAGGCAGAGAUGCCAGUCGGGGCGCGAGUGGCGGAGCGCGCGAGUGCGCGGGCGAGUGUGCGUGUGAAUUCACAGGAUCGUUUCAGACCCGCACUCCGGCAGACAACUUUAAAGAGGGCAGUUGUAUCCGGCAGCAGUUGCUAUUUGCGUUGCACUUGGGAACCUGUUGCGUUUGGGCCCACAGAGGUGGAGCAGUAACUUUUUGACUUGUCGGGCUUCCCAGUUUUCUUUGUUGGAAGUUUUGUUGUCGGUUUUGUUUUUGUUUCCCCUUAUCUUUCUUUUACUGUUAUCAUUCUUUUCUCCUGGUCUGUGUUGCAUGCACUCUGUUCAAAUAUUAGGUUUGAAAUGGUUGGCACAAGGGAAACGCUGGUCUGUGUCGUCAGUUUCUCAGAGCGGAAUGGCUCUGAGCGACCUUGCUCCCUAUUUGUACUAUUUGAACUUUGCAAAUCUCUGUUCUUUCAAGCAGAACCCCCAGACCGGAUCCAUUCUUGAGCAGUGACCGGCUCGAAUCUGGCCUUUUGUGUGUGAGAUGAUCACGGUUUCUUUUGUUUAUCAUACCAUAUGCAAAUCAGAGCAAGAGCUCUUUCUCAAGAGCAAGAACUGCAGACAAGAAAUAUGUGUGCGAUGAAAAGUUGUCAAUUGGAUUUUCGCCCUUAAAAAAAAAAAAAAACUGCUAGAAGUCUUCUUGAGUCCACUCACUUGGAUUUUUGACACAGUUUACACAGAAGGGGAAAAGGCACGGUUCCUAUUUUCCGCUUAUGGCUGAGUUUCACCUUAAGGUUGUAAAUGUGUAUAUGUCUGUGAAAGCAUUAAGUCUGAAAAUGUGUUAUUUGCGUUGCCCUACAUUUGAGUCGGUUUUAGACUCUCAAGCAUUUUGAACAAAUGUCAAAGUUAACUUUUAAAAAUUGUGGGACUAUUUCAGAACCGCAAUUUUAUCUAAGAUUAAAUCAGACUUUUUUGUCUGAGUGGUAAUUAUAUAUUUAUUAUUUAGCAAAACUGGGGAAAAAAAAAAAACAGGAUUGUUUUGACAGAUGUCUCGUUUCAGCUAGCAUUUCUCCACCAACUCAAACCCUUUAAAUGUGGUUUGGAAGUCCCUCCCUAACUAGCCUAUUUUUUAGAUCACCUGCAAUUCAUUUGCAAACUAUGAUAAAGCACAUUUUAGAGAAAAGGACCUCAUUUAUAGCCUUUUUGGGUUUCUUUUUAAAUGUAUAUAUUUUGACUAAUGUUUGUGAAUGAAGUUGGCUAACAUGUAUUUAGUUUCAUUUUGGCUUUAUGUAAUAUAAAGUUUUUAAAACUUUAAGUAUUGGUUUUAACCUUUAUGUGUAAAUGGUUUUCUUGUGUGAUCUUCUAAUUUAAUAUUAGACGUCUAAACUAUAUCUGUAAAUUAGAAUCCGACUAUCACUCUGUUCAUUUUUUUUGAACAAAGAGUUUAAAUAAAGCCUGAACCAGGGAAAAGAGAAAAUCCUUUAUUUCUUGUUGAGUUCCUAACAAGAUUUUUAUCUGAAUUGCCCUUACGUGCCUGGUCCAGGUGAAGUGUAAGGUAUCCUGCAAAGGCACCCUUUGUUUCUCUUUUGAAUAGAUUUACUAGGAAAUCUAAAUCAAGCCAUUGUUAUUCAGAGCCAAAAACCUGAUUUAUCACAUUUUUAAUCGUGAAUAGGAAAGAAGAUAAAAAAAAAAAACCAAGUAGUUGUAUUAUCUUGGGGGGAAAAAAGGCAUAUUCAUGAACCAGUAGAACAGAGCCCAUUGAAAACAUUCAGACCGUUCAAAGCAUCUCACUAGUUUCCAGUAACAUUUUAAGAGGGGAAAGUUGCCUGACCACUUUAUCUUGUGAGUAGGAAAGCCUCACCACUUAAAUCAGUGUAAUUUGUUCAUAGAUCUUUGGCCAAUUCCUUCGUUCCACCUUAAGAUUUUAUUUGUAAGGAUAAUCACUGCUAAUGACAUUGUAUAACUUUUGGCCUCUUUAAGGCUUUAUUCUGUCAUGCUAAUGACAUUAAAAUAGAAAUAUAACCAAUUCUAAUGGAGAGGGUUGAAUUUCCAAGGCUAGACAAGUUGACACUAGAGAAAUGUUUGAAAUUAUAAAGGAGUUUAAUGUUAGAAGAGAAAUUAUAGGGCACCAGGAAGAAUAUCAGAGGAAAAAAAACUGUAAGGAAAUCUCUAUUUUUGCCCCACCAAGAUAGAAAUUCUCAAGAUACAAGACUCAACUAAUCCUAAACUAGCUUCCCCACUGACAGAUACCGUCUCUGGAACUCCACGUCUUUAUAAACGACUCAACUCUUUAAAGUCAUUGUUUUCCCCCAACGGAAUAAUAUUUUAAGAACCAUGAAAAGUUUUGGAAAUGUGAGAAAUAGGCUCUGCUGGUUUGACCCUGAUUCACUAAUUAAAACGAUCCCUCUCCUGUUAUUCCCCCAGCUCUUUGCAAUAUUAUAAGUUAAUUCAUAUGGUUCUGAGCGAUUAUGCAAAACUAAUUUGGACUGUCCAGGGGUAAUUAUCCCUGACACGGUUAAUUAAAUCCUUUCAAGGCUUCGUCUUUCCCUUUUGUAGCAGCCCAUCACUUCUCAACACGGAACUUCCUGCGGCUCGCUGGAAAUCACCCCAGCCCUAAAUCUUAGUUACUUCCCCCAGCCUUCCAGCUCGGCCCCACCAGCCCCAGGAUUCCCCACCCCCUCUAGCCCCCUCCCCUAUCCCUAAAGAUCGGCGUUUUCUGGGAGCAACGCUCCAGGAGUGUUGAUGAAUGAAAAAAGGACUAGAAAGAUGGGUGAGGGAGGAGGGGGGAGGAUGCCAGGGGAGAGCCCUCAGGGCCACUUCGCCAACAGACUGACUGUGCGGCUGUUUGAGUAGCUCAUAGGCCCACAGGAGUGACUAGUUUAUCACACUCUUCUGAAUCCAGUGGUCUCGCUAAGAAGUUGCUCCUGGACAAAGUCUCCCUCCAAGUUAGACUGUGCAAAAGUAAGGGGGUGGAGGGAGCGCCUGGGGUAAGAAGGCGUGGACAAAGGAGUGUGUGUGUGUAAGAGUCAGAAAGUGCCCACAAAUACGGCGCUGGGACUAGGCAAAGAACUGCUGCGGGCUCGAGAUCUCUCUCUCUAUCCGUCUCUCUUUUCCCUCUCCUCUCUUCUUUCCCUUUCCUUUUUUUUUUUUUUUUUUUUUUUUUUUGCUCUUCUCCAUUUUAGUUUCCUUUUAAGGUUUAAAAAAGCCAUGGCAUUCCGUAGGUAGUCACAGUUGCCUAAGGGCUUUAAGCAAGCUUCCAUCCGAGGGGCCCGGCGUGUUGCCUUCGGGCUUCGCGCUAACAGGUGGAUUUGUUCUUUGGAACCGUAACGCCCAGAGCUGGGGGACGCUGCCGAGCGAGGGAUGGCUUCCGGGGAGCAGCGGGGCAGGCCGCGGUUGUCACUUCAU